AUGACUUUGACCGAUAUCUUACUCUACGAACCUUUGUCGACGGCUAUGACUUGUCCCGCCGCGGACCAGACCCUAUGGGCUACUCUUUGGUCCAACAAAGUCGCUCGCGGCCUGAUUCGAGAGUCUUCGUUCCCCAACGUGUCUCGAUGGUUUACCCAUCUAGAAGGAACCUUUCCCGAGAUCCAGCAAGAGAAUCAAAUCCUGCCCAAGCCCACCAAAGCCUCGGCCACUAAAUCCGGCUCUCGGUACAACAUGAAGCUGCAGGAUGCAGAGCAUGGAGUCGUCACAAGCGGAGUCUUCUGGAUAUCUACCCAUCGGCCAUGCGAAAGCAGCGUUUUGAACGAUUACUUUGCACAUGAUGCCCUUUCCGGCUCGCUGAUCUUGCGCUUCGACGACACCAACCCCAAAAAAGAGAAAAAAGAGUACGAAGAGUCCAUCGUUGAGGAUCUUGAGCUUUACGAGUUGUGUCGGCACCUGAUUUCUUCUGGCAACCUGGGCCAGCGCUCUCGCUUGCCUUACCAGCGCAGAGACAGACUGGUGAGCGAGAGCCUGGCCAUCUUUGAAGAGAUGAAGGCCGGAAGCGACUUCGGCAAGAAGCACCGCAUCCGGGCACGUAUCGCCCACGAUAACAGCAACGGUUCCCUUCGUGACCCCAUCAUAUACCGGUUCCCCAGCUGGAAGGCUGACAAGACACCCCAGCCACACCAUCGGACAGGCUGGGACUGGCAGAUCUAUCCCACCUACGACUUUGCCUGCCCUUGGUUGACUCCAUCGAGGGUGUCACUCAUGCUCUAA